AUGGCCAAAGUUCUUGCGAGCGACGUUGACGACAUUCUGGAGACGCAAGAGGAAGAAGGACCCAGCAAUGAAGAGCAAGAAAAAUUCGCCAAUGACAUUCAUACUGCAAUGCUUAGGCUGGCUCAGAGCUCGCCGCGCCAAAUACACAUGUGUUGCCAGACCUACGUUGAGCGCGCUCGGUGGUUGAAGUCGCGGAAGACUGCCAAAGAACAUCGGGAUGGUGAAGAGAUCCUGAAGAUUCAUCGCAAAAUCAGAAAGCAUCAAUUUGUUGAUCUCACGGAACUCAAUCUUAGUGACGAGGCCAUUGCCCUGGCUGAGAAAUAUGACGACAUGGAAGCUCUGCUUGAUAUCCUUGAGCAGGAGAGUCUUAAUGGCCAUGACAUCGAGCCAAGCCUGCCAGUCCGGAUCAAUCAGUACUUUGACAAAUUCGGCACUCAAUGGGCAAAUGAAUAUUUCAGCCGAAGUCUGAAAGACGGCAAAAUUGCAGUCGAGACUUUGAAUAACAAUUCAAACUACAAGAAAUUUUUGACCGACUUCCUCAGAUCUCAUUCAGGGUACGCAAACGUAACGUGGAUCAAUGAAGUAGCGACGGAGCGUGACUAUUUUUCUGCAUCCACGUACUUGGAGCAGUCAGCUAAGCACACCGAUGACUUGUGGAGCCAGAAAGUCAUGCUUAGCCUCGGUAAGCUAUCAGUCCAAGCAGCUGAAGGGAAGGAUCAAACGCGACAGUAUGCGGCAGGCCCCAUGAUCCAACGACUCGACCAGCACGUCACAUUGCUCAAGAUGCAAGACUCUCUUCACGAUUUCUUCAAGCCUUACAUCAAGACAGCAAUAGACAGCGAAGCUGCGGUUGAUGUUGUCAUGGAGAACUUUGGUAAACGGUCUGUUGAGGGAAAGCCCCUUCUGAAGCAACAGCUCAGGUCCAACCUUUCGCAUUUGUUCGGGAGAGUAACCAUAAGGUCCAGUGAUCUUAUUAACGUGCUGACCGUGAUGGAUAAUGAUACGGAACAAGGAGUGACAAACCACUUCCUGCAUCAUCGCUUCUUCCUUUCCUUGAAUAUUGCCAGACUCCUCUCGGCAAUCUCGCAUAUUCCCUUGUCAUCCCCAGCUUCCUCUUUGAGAUCCAGCAUGAUCUGGCGCCGUAUCCUCAUUUCAUCCGACUGGACCGAAUUUAACCGGACUGAAUUGAAGAAUGACGAUCAAGUUACAAGUGAGACCAGAACCACCCCAUUAUUUCAAACACUGUUGGAAGGCCAUCGCAACCGUUAUGGUACAGAAGAAGAGGAAAGCUUCUGGGACAUAUUGCCGCCCCCCAGAACUCCAUCCGAACUUCUAAGCGCGGGCACUGACCCUGCUGAGCUUCGCUCUCUGCCUGAGUACGCUACCCAGUCAGAUUCAAUAUUAGUCAAGCUUGCGCGAGAGCUCCGGGGUGAGGCAAAGAUUUUGGAACGGCACAUCGAAAAAGGGAGGCUAGAAGAAUGGUACAAAGGUGUUCUUGAGGCAGCUGGAAGCUCAUACAGAGACGAGAUAGACCAACAGGGAGAAGAGGAGGCAGAAAAAGUAAGACUUUCGUCAACGUUCAUUCACGACAUGACGCGACAAGAUAGAGAAAAAUAUCUCCUUCAUGGAACGAUUCCUGAAGGUGACACAUAUGAAGCUGUGGUCACAGCUUUCGCGGAUAUGCUAUCAAACCCAUCUUUCAUACUCGUCAGUACCGCUGCGUGGUUCUUCACCACGGGCUUGACAGCUCCUACUACACAAGAUGGAAGUCUCUCAACAUCUACCAGAGCCCUGGGUAAUAUCCCAGAGCAAUUUGACUACGUCGCCGACUUCGCCCCCGAUGGCACGCGUCUCGAACCUCUUGAUGUCCUCAUCGACGGCAACCGCGCAAUUGCCGAGCUUGCCCUCGAAGACACCAUUCAGCUGAUGCAACCCUCCUCAUUUGAUUGGCAAGGCGUCCGGAUCAGUGUAGCUGGCCAUUGGGAUCUCACCCGCACUAUCGUAAGACAGUAUGCGAUUUGGGGGAUCUUUGGUGCGUUGUUGUACAUGGAGGAGACACAAAAAUAUGUGGAGGGGGAUCUGAGACUGCAGUGGAAAGGCCAAGAUGUCGGGUUUGUACGAAUCGACAGGGUGCUAGCGAGCUCGGCAAAGAGGGACUACUCAGCUGCGGGGACCACCGGGUUGCCGACUGUUGAACAGCUGACAACGUCAGCAGCGGAGCUGAAUAGUUCGGGGGCCGUGGGCUCAAGGCAAUACUCUUGGGCCGAGUCUUGGAAUGAUCCCGAAGUACCAGAUGCUGCUUACUUUAUCCCGCUGGCGACUGUCAUGGUGCUGAUCUCACCUUAUAAGCAAAACACGGUGCCUGAGGCCAACGCAACGGGAGGAUUCGGCACCUCCCAGAUCACUGUCGGGGACCUCCAUAAUCCGGAGCUUGUAGAGGAAUUCAUGUCGUAUUAUUGGAUGGUGUUGAUGUGCGCUAGAGCUACUGGAUUGGGCGCUUGGCAUGUUCCGAGGAAGAGGUUAGAUCUGAAAUUGCAGUGGAGUGAAGGUUCGAGAGUUAUAGCGAACUGGGGUUUGAGGUAUGAGGCGUCGACAGCGGCGGGAACGAAUACGUUGGGGGUUGGGCCGGCGACAGCGACGGGGACAAGCUCUGUACUGUCGUCUUCAGUGGUUGCAACAUCAUAA